GUACUCGAGUUUAAAUUUAUACUACGGAAAUCCGAUCGGGCAUACGACCAGAAAAUCACAAGGAGCUAUAUAAUCCCUUUUCUUUUCCAAGAACAACAACAUGCUCUUAGAUCUGGAAGGCUAGAAGAGAGAGUAUCAACUUGGGGAUUGGGAAUACUCGCUCUCUUUUGUGUGAUGAUGACAGUGAAUGCGGAUGAAGAUGACUCUGGGGAUUCGUUAAGCAUGAUUCGUUGCAUGAUCAGGGAUAACAGAAGAAAG